AGUACCGCACCUGUUGGCGUUUGUUUGGGAUGUGUAUCAGCCUUAGGAGCACAAUUUGACAAGAAGUCAGGGUUAAAGAUGUAGAUGUGUGUAGAUUAAGCUCGUCCAACUGCAGCGAUUCCAGUUCUUUAUGCGUGUGUGAUUAAAAGUUAUAUCCGGAAAGAUAAAACAAGUUCCAAGAACACAUUAGACGGGAUCGAGUCCAAGAAAGCCGGAAGCGUGUGACGUCACGCCGUCUGAUUUUGUUUAACCUUCAUGUUAUUCAUUCACUGAACCGUGUUAACGACUUCCUCGAGGAUACACGGUGGUAGGAUGGGGUGGGGGUUAUUCAGGCGGAUCAAAGUGUUAUAGUGUACUAAUUUAAUGGCUAGUGGUGUCGGUUCGGAACUACUUUCUACAGACAAACAUGGCAGACCAACCAGGAAGUGGAAUUACCGAGCCAGGAUCUGUGGGAUUGAUCGACGGGCAACAGAACUAUAGACGGAAUCAGCCGAGAGAACCACGUCCAACCGCGUGCUCCGGAAGACUCUGGAUGAUUCUGACAGUUGUGUUUCUCAUAUCGACAAUAGCGGCAGUCGGGGUAUUACUGUGGCGUGAAUUCGGCAUGCAGAGGCAGUCCAAGCGUGAUGUCCUUUCACUUUUUCCUAACUUCUUUCGAACGCCAAUGGAGCAGAAGAGUUAUGCGGAGAAAGUUUUCAAAAUUGAACGCGAGGAGAUCGUUUUCACGAACAAGACGGUGCCUUCCAACGACACAUGCACGUUUUCUUGUAGGUACCCUCGGCAACAGGGCAUGCGCAAGAAGCGCCAAGCAUCUCCAGGAUUCACAUACCAUGCUUGUUGUAUCUCGGAAACAAAGUUUAUAUCGCCAGACAGUCUAGAAAACAUUUUUGGAAUAUCACAGACCAUAGUUCAGUUUAACGACAAGAAGCAGUUCUUUCAAAUUCAGGAAUGCAGUCAGGUGGAAAACUGUCAGGGUUGCAACUGCGCCCCGAGUAUCCAGUUCGUGACGGCGGUGGUUGAAAACGAGGCUGCCAGUGGCGAUGAUGACCAAUACAUGCUAGACACGGUGAAAAUUCUCGGCUGCUGCAAGUGUAUUAAUGGCGUAUUCGGCCGUAGGAAGAGAUCGGUGCUGGAGAGUAUAAAGUUCUGGACAAAAUGGAGUGCUUUCGUUGAGAAUAAACUUUAACUGCUCAGAUAUGUGGCCUGUGACGAACCACUUUGGGGACGAACAUGUACGGUUUUUGGGGGUUUUGUUUUGCCCUAUUCUAUAUAAACAUAAAGAUGAAAAUAUGGCUAUUGCCCUACCUCACUGGAGACUGUGGCCCCAUUCACUACAGAUUGUGCCUUCCAGUCCAGAUAUCGUUACUACGAGCAUGACUAUUUGUGCGUACAUGCGUGUGUGCGUACGUGUGUCUUUUUAGUGUAUUUUUAUGUAUGUAUCAUUCAUUCAUUUCAACUUAUUUUGUUGCUUAGAUCUAAUAUGUUUCAAGCACGCUGUCCUGGGCACGCACCUCAGCUAUCUGGGUUGUCUGUCCAGGGCAGUGGAUUAGUGUUUACUUGUAUAGUGGUUAGUGAAAGAGGAGCAGAAGAGUGUAGUGGCCUUACGUCAUUAAAACUCGCUCUGGGAGGAAGCUGUUACCGGGCUGCGAUCCCAGUACCUACCAGCCUUAUAUCCGAUGGCUUAACCAUGACACCACGGAGGCCAGUAUAUAUAUAUAUAUAUCUGUGUGUGUGUGUGUGUGUGUGUGUGUGUGUGUGUGUGUGUGUGUGUGUGUGUGUGUGUGUGUGUGUAUAGUUGGUUCAGGUUAUAGUUUCUGAAUCAGAGAUUGUUUAUGUGUAUAUAUGUCAAUUGUUCCAUAUUUGUGUUAAUGACAUUCAUGAUGUGAAUAAAUCUGAUCAAUGAGA